AGCGCCAUAGCCACCGUAGUCCUGGCGACUGUUACCCCGUCAAACAACAACUUACGCCACAAAGUGGACAAAGUGGAGAGUGGCAUUUAACAGUACCACCUGCAGAGGUUGGUAUGGCAACACAGGCCUAUGUUACAGAACUCCCACCAGCUCAACAACAGCCUCAGCAGCAGCAGCAACAGUCGCAGUCGCAACAGCAGCAACAACCAACUCAACAACAGUAUGUCACAGACUUGCAGACUGCUGCACAACCAUCACAGCAGCAACAACAACAACAACCACCAUCAUCCCAAAAACAGUAUGUCAGUGAACUACAGGUAUCGCAGCAGCAACAACAGCCUUCUGCUCAGUUGUCACCAGUAUCAGCACCACAGCAGUACAUUGUGGUUACAGUUUCAGAAGCAAGCAUGAGGCCAACCGAGACAGGUUCGGAUUCCAGCUCCUCUUCAGCUGGUCCACAGUCUGGAGUGCCGACACAGGUGGUACAGCAAGUUCAGGCAUCGCAGCAGAGGUCUGUUGUGCAAACAACACCCCAAGCUGCUAAAACUAGCCAAGUUCAACAGUUAUCAGUACAAGCACUUCAGCAAGUUCAUGUUUCUCAGGAGGUUCAGCAGUUACAACAGGUCCCUGUGCAGCCGGUUCAGCAUGUCUACUCGAAUCAAGUGCAGUAUGUAGAAGGGGGUGAUGCCAGCUAUACGGGAAGCACAAUACGUUCAAAUACCUACCCUUACUCAGAAACUCAGCUGUACAACCAGAACACAAGCGGGAGUUACUAUGAAUCUCAGGGGACACCAAACCAGGUUGCCACGCCGGUGACUUCGCAGAACGUGGUCAGUAGUGGAACGGUGCCAAUGUAUGUCACGGGAGGGCAGAUUGUGGCCAACCCAGGAGGAGGGACCUAUGUCAUCCAGGGAGGUUACAUGCUGGGGAGCUCCAGUCAGUCUUACAGUCACACCAUGCGUGCCUCUCCAGCCACAGUUCAGUGGUUAUUAGAUAACUAUGAAACUGCAGAAGGAGUGAGUUUGCCUCGAAGCACUCUUUAUUGUCACUACCUGUUACACUGCCAGGAGCAGAAACUGGAGCCUGUAAAUGCUGCCUCAUUUGGCAAACUGAUAAGAUCAGUGUUCAUGGGACUCCGAACCCGGAGACUUGGCACACGGGGAAAUUCAAAAUAUCACUAUUAUGGACUUCGCAUUAAAGCAAAUUCACCUUUAAUUCGACUGAUAGAGGAUCAACAACACCUGGCCAUAAGACAACAGCCAUUUACACAGAAACAGAGUCCGUUUUCUCCUUCAUGCUACAGACUCAAGCCAAUCCAGAAGGUGGAGGGGAUGACAAAUGGUAUGGGAGUUGGGCAGCAACAGGGUGGUGGCCUGUCAGAUAUCAGCGCGCAGGUCCAGCAGUAUCAGCAAUUCUUGGAUGCUUCUCGGGCUCUACCAGAAUUUGUUGAAAUAGACUUGCAGGGAAAAACAUUGCCAGAUGGUAUCACUAUGGAACACAUCAAGGCUUUCCAACUACUCUAUCGGGAGCACUGUGAGGCUAUCCUGGAUGUUAUGGUGAACCUACAGUUUACUCUGGUUGAAACUUUGUGGAAGACGUUUUGGCGAUACAACACUUCCCAGUCAAGUGAUGGCUCAGGAUUGUCAGUUCACGAUGAAUCUGAGAAGCGCCUCCCUAAGUCAUGCCUGGUUGUUCUCUGUAAGUAUGAGCCGUCUCUGAAGUGGACAAAAUACUGUGAUAACAUGCUUUACCAAGGUCUGGUGGAGAUCCUUAUCCCAGAUGUCUUACGACCUAUCCCGAGUGCCUUGACUCAAGCAAUUCGAAAUUUUGCAAAAAGUUUGGAAAGCUGGUUAACCAAUGCAAUGAUGAAUGUUCCUGAAGAAAUGGUUCGUGUGAAGGUGGCAGCUGCAAGUGCCUUUGCACAGACUCUGAGACGUUACACAUCCUUAAAUCAUCUUGCUCAGGCAGCCCGUGCUGUGCUGCAGAAUACUGCACAGAUUAACCAGAUGCUGAGUGAUUUAAACCGAGUAGAUUUUGCAAAUGUUCAGGAACAAGCUUCAUGGGUGUGUCGUUGUGAGGAUGGUGUUGUGCAAAGGCUGGAACAGGAUUUUAAGAUGACUUUACAGCAACAGAACUCCUUAGAGCAAUGGGCAUCCUGGUUAGACAGUGUGGUAACCCAGGUCCUCAAACCAUAUCAUGGCAGUCCUAGUUUCCCCAAAGCUGCCAAACAGUUCCUGCUCAAGUGGUCCUUCUACAGUUCAAUGGUGAUUCGGGAUUUAACUUUAAGGAGUGCAGCAAGUUUUGGGUCCUUUCAUCUUAUUCGCCUUCUAUAUGAUGAAUACAUGUACUAUUUGAUAGAGCAUCGUGUGGCACAGGCAAAGGGAGAAACACCCAUUGCUGUCAUGGGUGAGUUUGCUGAUCUAGGACGGGCUUUAAACCCUCUGGAUCCUGACAAAGAUGAGGAGGAAGAGGAAGAAGAAAGUGAUGAUGACAGUCAACAGGAAAUUCCAAUGGACAAUGAACCAACAUUAGUAACAGAUGCCAUGGAGCCACCAGCCAAAUUACCACGGACAGAUUCAAGGGGAGUGUUCGUCCAAGCACCACCAACCAACUGAGAAUAAAACGUAGGACAAAAAUCAGAAAGCUUUUGCUUGAAUUUAAUGCAGUUCGCUCACUACCCAUGGCACUUAAUUGCCAUUGCAUAGAAAGACAUUGUCUAUAGUUAUCACGAAUCUCAAACAUCUGCCAAAAUUAUU